GUGAUGUAGGUAGAAAUGGUAGAAAUGAAGAUGAGUGGAAUGAGCACAAUUCAUUUGGCUCUGAUUACUCUAAUUCAACAACUGAUAAUGGCACUGAUUAUGGAAUGGCUAAUGAUGAUUUAUUGUUUGAUGCCAAUGUUGACAACAUAGCUGCAGGGAAUGGAGUAAAUUCAAACUCGAAGUCGGGGCCAUUAGUUGAAGCUGGUGUGGGACCAUUAGAGGAACAUGGGAAUUGA